AUGCGCCCCAGGAGGGUGGCAGUGCCCCACAGGGAUGCGCCUCCUCCCUGGGCUCCGUCCAGCAUUUUUGCUGCCUUCAAUGUUGUGCUGUUGAUCACCAUCAGUGGUCUGUUCUUCUCCUUUCCUUGCAGGUGGCUUGCUCAGCAUGGUGACUGGGUGUCUCCCACCAUCACCGGGUUCCUUUUUGUUCCAACUCUGGUCAGUCUUAUUUUUCUCAAUUUCUCUGACCCUGGCAUUCUCCACCGAGGCUCUGAGUGGCAGUGUCCACUGGCCAUCAAGGUGGUGUGGGUGAACAGGAGAGCUUUCCACCUUCAAUGGUGCCGGAGGUGUUGCUACCACCGUCCUCCCCGGACCUACCACUGUCCCUGGUGCAACAUCUGUGUGGAGGAUUUUGAUCACCAUUGCAAAUGGGUCAACAACUGCAUUGGCCAACGCAACUUCCGAUGCUUCAUGCUGCUGGUGGCCUCGCUCUGCCUCUACACGGGAGCCCUGCUUUCUGCCUGCUUGGCCUUCCUGAUACGAACAUCCCAGCAGCCGUUCUCUGUGGAUAAGGCCUUUGCCAUUGUGGUCGCUGUGCCCGCCGCUGCCUUCAUGCUGCCGCUGCUACUGCUACUGUGUACCCAAGCUCUGUCCGUCAGCUCGGCUGAGCGCUCUUAUGAGGUCAAGUGCCGUUACCUGCAGGGUUAUAAUCCCUUUGACCAGGGCUGUGCCAGCAACUGGUACUUAACGUUUUGUGCACCACUGGGACCUAAGUAUAUGGCAGAAGCUAUCCGGCUGCAGAGGGUGGUGGGGCCAGACAGGGCCCGAAUACCCAGAUUAUGUUCCCUUCAGUGGCAUGCUGCCCCUUGUCCCGCCUCUGUGCCUUACUCUCAGUCGACUGGUGUAUCCUGUCCCUACACUGUUGCUGUGCCCAACCUUCCUUCUGUUGGUGGUGUGCCAGGCCUUCACCCUACCAACAUGCCAAGACCCCACCCCACCAAUGUGCCAGGUUCCCACUCUGUUCCCGUGCUUGCCCCCCAACUCUUCCAUGUGAAACCGUGGUCAGGGAGAGGUCCGUUGAGGGGUGGGAAAGCAGCUCCUCAGUCAAAGCUUCCAGGCAUGGGUGUUCUUCCUCAACUAAAAGAGGCCCAGAGACAAGCUUUGGGGAGCCGCCUACCUGGAGCUGGCCCUUGCGGAGGAGCUCUGCUAUGCCAAGACCACUCUUUCCCUUGAGGUUCCACAUGUUGGAUUCCCCCUUCCCAGAUCCCGUCCUGCCCUUUUCCCAUUCCGGCUCUCACUGGUGGGAGCAUUUGAUUCCUCCAGAGUCUUCAUUAAAUAUCUAUCCUUUUACUAACUUCCUAGAGCAGUGCGCGGUGGUGGAAAGGACCCUGGAAGCGUUGCAGUCUUUGCCACUUCCUCUCUAGAUGACUUAGGGAAGGCACUCUGGGCUCUCCUUUCUUUAUUGGUAAAAUGAGAAAGUUGGCCCACAAAGCUUGCUUCUAGCUCUUAUAUUUUAUGGUCCUUAAAUAUUCGUCAAAGAAGAACAUUAGCUCUGUUCCCAAGUGUGAGUCAGCUCAUGUCCAUGACCAUUAGCCUCUCCUGACUGGUGUAGCUCCUGCUGCUCUCUGGCUGUAGGGGGCGGCAGACUGUUACUUAUGACUCUCUCCUGUGCCUUGGCUCGUGUGGCUUUAUAUCAUACCUGGUUUAGGUCCCUGGGGAUGAUGAAAUUCUUUGUGUUACAAAUCUCCCACUCCCACCAUGUCUAUGUGAGUUGGGAGCCACACAUAGACAUGGAAACCAUUCCUGCCAUUUCACUCACUGUUGAUGUGGGUCCCCCCUUGCCAAACUUAAAAAUGUGUAGUUGGGUGGGCACCGAGUCUAAGCCUGGUGUGGUGCUGGACUUGGAGUCAUGAAGACCUAGGUUCUAAUUCCAUUUCAGUUUCAAACCUGGAUAAGUCACUUA